CCAGCAUAUGCGAUACUUUUUUCUUUUUAUAAGCAACAAAACAACGAGUUAACUUUACUAAAGUUUUUCGCCGUGCAAAUCCGUUUACUCUCUCUGCAUUUUCGUUUUCAUCUUCUUCUCCCAAUCUCAAAACCUCAAAACCAUCUUCUUUGAAUCCACAUUGAAACCCACAUUAUCAACCACUAUACACACAAUGGACACAGUUUUGGUGCCACCAUGGCUGGAGCCAUUGCUGAAAACACUGUUUUUCAACAUGUGCCGGAUUCACGCGGAUGCAGCUCGGAAUGAGUGUAACAUGUAUUGUUUAGACUGCAACAAUGGCGACGGCGCCUUCUGCUUUUAUUGCCGUUCUUCAAGACACAAAGAUCAUCAAGUCAUUCAGAUAAGAAGAUCAUCUUAUCACGAUGUGGUGAGGGUGUCAGAGAUUCAGAAAGUGUUGGACAUAAGUGGAGUUCAGACCUAUGUUAUAAACAGUGCUAGAGUAUUGUUCUUGAAUGUGAGGCCUCAACCAAAAUCUGGUAAAGGAGUAGCUCACAUUUGUGAGAUUUGUGGAAGGAGUCUCUUGGAUUCAUUUAGGUUCUGUUCUUUGGGAUGUAAGCUUGAAAGAAUAAAGAAAAAUGGAGAUGCAAGUUUUGCUAUUGAAGGGGGUAAGAAUGAAGCAAUGAGAAUGGAGGGGGUGUCAAGUAGUAGAUCAGAAGAAGAAUUGCGUGAAGGUUCAACACAAGAUAUGUAUCCUAUCACACCUCCUCCUCCUCCUUUAAAUGCAAGAAGAAGAAAAGAUUUAACAUUACUCAUUUUGGAGGCAUCAAUGGAUUACCAACACUUUCUCUAUGUUUGCCCUUUAUGGUCUCUCUUUCUCUCUAUUUCUUUUUAUGUAUUUUACUUAAUAAAUUAUAUUAAAAUAAAAUAAAUGAUAAAUGCAUAACAAUGAUAGUAGAGUUUGACCAAAUUAUUAUAAGAAUAGUUUGUUUUUAAAAAAUUGUA